AUGGAGAAAUUGAAAGGACGGGUCAGUCAGCGAAAUACCGUUGAAGGCGGGGAUACGUGGACUCUCGACGUGGCUGCCGAAUAUGACCUUGGGCAAGUGGCCGAGCUAGGUACGCUUGGAGGUCGAGACAGAAAAGAUGAAAGAUAUAACGAUGUUUAUGAGAUGCACAGACUGCAAAAGAGCGUUUGUAGAAAACCUCGAUUGCGCAUAUCGGCCGCCUACCUUCCUAUGUCCCUCCCCCUUUCAGUUUUCUGGCCCUGUCCAGACCAAUGUUGUCGUUCGGUCUUGUUCGGAGCGCCGGACCGUAUCCUGAAAAUGGUGCAUUAG